AUGGAAUUCUCUCUUCCAUUGGUUCAAAAUUUGCAUUUUGUUAAGGAAGAGAUGUCAAGCCCCCUUAGUGAUCAAAUUUUGAAUAUUUGUGAAUCUGAAUUUUUCCCAAAUGUACAAAAUUCAGAAGUUGCUUCUAGCUCAAAUUGUUGUAGCUAUGAAGAACAGAGUUCAUAUUCAAACAAUCUUGAAAUGAACAAGUUUAGUAACACUAUGGAGAAACAUGAAGAAAAAAACAUCACAACAGUUACAUCUAAUGUUAUUAGCCCUUCAAGAAUCAACAACAACUACGAAAACAACAACAUCAACAACAUCAACAACAACAACAACAACAACGAUCUCUCGAUUAUAUUUGAUCCUCAAGAAGAUCAUCAAAUCGAGAAUGACAUUUCUGCUUCGAUAGAAUUCACACAAGAUGCAAACUUUUCAAUCCCACAUCAUUUACUUCAAAAUCAACAUCAUCAAGAUUUAUUCGACAUAAAUUCUCUCAACGAUCAACAUAUGAAAAUGACAGAUUAUCAUGUUUCAGAUGGAUCCCUUCAUCAGUAUACUCCUGAUCAACCCCCUACUGUUCCACUUAUGGGGCCUCCAUUAGGACAUUACUAUGAAGACGAAUCUUUGUCAUUUGUACCUUCUUACAUGCGCGUUCCUACAUCUUCUUCUUCUCCUUCUUGUCCCCUUCUUGAUCCUAAUUCACUCGCGAAUUACUUACCUUUAAACUCAAACACCAACAUCCCUAAUGCUGAAUGUUCAGCAAUACUUGCUGCUGCUGCUGCCACCCCUGGAGGUGGCUUGUUUUUCAGAACAGAGUUUCCACCAGUACAAGAAAUGGAUUUUCAUGUAGAUAGUACUAGAUUAUUCUGCCCUGAUUCCUUACCACGAGUCUAUAACUGUUCUAACGAGCUUCAGGCACUAAGCAAUGAGAGCCAACAUUUGGCUAGUGCUACCCCUUUGGCAUCAGAAAUAACAAAUUUGGAAGAUACUACUUUUAGAGCUGUCAAGUGCACGCCGGAGGAGAGGAGGGAGAAGAUUCAUAGAUACAUGAAGAAAAGAAACGAAAGGAAUUUCAGCAAGAAAAUCAAGUAUGCAUGCAGGAAAACACUAGCAGAUAGUAGACCGAGGGUGAGAGGAAGAUUCGCGAAAAAUGAUGAAUUUGGAGAAGGUAGUACUAAAACAAAUUCUUGUGGUACACAUGAAGAUAUCACAAAUGAUCAUCAAGAUGUAAAACUCAAUUUUACAUAUCAUCAAGAUCCUAACAUGAUUACUUCGUCUUCUGGACAUGAUCAAAAUAAUGUUAAUGUUUCUCAUAAUGGACGGAUUUUUACUUCGAAUUGUCACUCAUGUACCAGUCCCUAUGAUAUUUGCCCUCCUCUGUACUGUACAGAUGGCCAGUUGCACUAAACAAUCCCGCAGAUGAACAAUUCGAUCUACACAAGAAGAUGAACUGGUGAAGUCAUAUAAGAUACCUUUGGUGUAAAUAACUUCAGUCGUCGUCGUCCACCAAUCUUGGAUUUCAUCAGGCAGAUUUUUACAGUUGCUUAGUUUUUUUCCAGUAGCAGAGCCAAACUGUCCCAAUUAUAAAGGGAAUAAUUAACAUUUUAACACAUACAAGUUUAGUAUAAUAAUUAACUCAAUGGAACUUCACAAGUGAGGACAUGUAAAUUUUGUAAAUCUAUACUAUAUAAUUA